UGUGGUUGUGUUGUGUUGUCUGAACCAUUUUAUCACUCCCUCUCUACAAGAGAGUUGAUGAUGCAAGGCUUUUGUAUUAAUCAAAUUACUAUAGUCCAACCGACACACAUUUACCUUAUAAAUAUCCUAUCCCAUUACAGUAGUUCUUUUUUUCUGAAGGGCCCCAAGUAACAUUUGGAUCCCUUGUUUACAGUGUGGACACAGAGAUUUUAUUAGCUGUAAAGUGAGUUCAGGUGCGAGACCUUCCUGACCGCGCAUGCGCAAGUGGUAAAGCGUGUUGUAGGUCUCUAUGACGACGGGUCCAUUAAACCUUUUAGGGCUGCAGAGGGACUAGAAUCAGAUUAUGUGCUCAGGUGUUGCUCCGCAGACUGUUAGGCUCUACGUGGGUCCGUUAGAUGGAGAAAUAGUCACAUAACAGUCCGGCUGGAUGUUUUCUUUUCACCGCUUUUAACUGAACAGGAGUGCUACGCAAGAACCAGCUGGUGUGGUAGAUUAUGACAGAGGUGGUUCCCACAAAGUCCCAGGAGGAGUAUGAGGAUGACUUUGAGAAGGAUCUGGACUGGCUGAUCAGUGAGGAAGGCCGGAGUGAGGACCAGGGUCCUGACUAUGAUGACAUUGAAGCAGAAAUUGAAAAGGAACUGGAGGAGGAUGUGAAACGGCAAGGAAUGAAACAAAAGGAGAAAAGCAACAAAGAGGAAAAGAAAGGCAACAAAGCAGAGGAGUUGGAGGAAGAUGACGAGAGGUGGCCCUCACCUAUGGAGCCGCUGGAGUACGACUCUGACAGAGACAGCCCAAAUAAGUCACACCCAUUCGUCCCACCUCCUCCAGGGAUGGAUGACCAGACAGACGAGGAGAAGAAGUACAUCCUGGAGAAGAUCCAGCAGGCUAACCGGGAGCUGCAGGACCAAGAAGCUCCAGAUAUGACGAGGCGCAGGCGGCUACAUUUUAAAGAGACGCUGGUGGACCUGGUGGUGCCUCCGCUGAAGUUUGAGAAAGAUGGCAAAAGUGGUGAGGUGGAGGUGGGAAAGGAGAACAAAGAUGGAGCAAAGGAUACAGAGGCGGAAACUGAAGUGUCAGGGAAGCUGUCCGAACUAAAGCUUUCCCCUCGGGGGGAAAGCAUAGGAUCUGGCAGGGCUGGGGAAAGCAGUGAUGGAGGGCAGGGCGUAAAGGAAGGCAGAGUCCUUGUAGAAAAAGAUGGGAAGUUUGACCUCGUCAGCUUGAAAGAGGUGGAGAGUCAAGGACUUCUUCUUCCCCCUAUCACACACAACUACAAUGACUACUCACGCUCUUCCCCACGUCUCCAAGAGCAGACUGCGAGCUCCAGUAAGAUCCACAGUUCCUCCUCCUCCUCCUCCUCUCCUCGCUCCCGUGCUGGCUCUUCCCCCUUCCAGCAGGGUGUUGAUCACCUCCGGGCCCCCAGACCUCCAGCCCAGCCCAGGAGCAGGCCCAGCUCAGCCAGCCACAGCCAGAGGAGCAGCCAGAGGAGAAGCAGCAAGCGGCGGGUGCAGUCGGCCACGGGGACACCCUCCCAGGCCACCUACACCCUCUCACCCCAGCAGAAAGAGCUGCUGCAGAGAAUCCAGGAGAGGAAGGAGAAACUGGCCAGAGAGGCAGAGCAGAGGAAACAUGAGGAAGAGGAGCAGAAGAGGCAGGAGAAUGAGCUGGCAUUCAAAGCCUGGUUGAUGAGGAAGAGAUGGCAGCUUCAGGAGGAGAAAAGGAUCCACCGAGCUCAGGAGAUGGAGAGGAUGAAUUCUAAGAAGGAUUCUUUGCACAGUGACUCAGAGGAGGCCUUCAGGCUGUGGCUUCAGAGGAAGCAGGAGCAGCAGCAGAAGGAGAGACAACUGGUGGAGCUGAAGAAGCUGGAGGAGGACAGUGGUUACCUCUUACGCAGCCGUGAGGAGUGUGAACGUGCCUUCAAACUGUGGGUGAAACGAAAGCGGGCGGAGAAGCGAGCAGAGCAGCAGGCUGCUCGAGAGCGCUCCCGCAGAUUGGUGCUGGAGGAGCGGCGAGCACGACGCAUGCGGGACCUGCUGUGCACUGUCAAUGACAGCAAGCCGUUCCGAUUCACUGAGCAGCUGGCCUACCGCUUCUGAACUUAACACA